UCUUGGUGGAGGUAACAAAUACUAGCUGUGAUCUCAUUAUAAUAGUCUGGCGCCUUGAAUCACUCAGCAGUGAAACAAAUGGCAAUACAGUCUUUUCACCAUGGAUCAUCUUCAUUAUAGCUUGUAGAAUUUAUAUACUAGCAUUUGCUCAUUACAUGCAAAACAGAUGGUUGCCAGGAUGCAGAAUCAGGAAGAAAACAGUAUUUCUGGGUUGAUUUUCCUGAUAUGCAAAUAACAAACAAGUAAGUCGUGUAAAAUGGCAGGGAGGAUAUCUUGAUGUGUACUUUAGAAUUAACUAUUUUAGGUAGGUCAGAAGCAGCACAAUUAAUGUACUUUGGUCAUUUUAGCCCGUUUAAAUGACCGGCAUUGUCAUUUAUUUGUUCAUUUAUUCAACAUGAUUGAUCCAAACUAAAGUAUAUCUAAAUGAUCUAAAUUAAUUCAUUUGUAUUUCAGUGAAAAACGCUCAACAUGAGUUUACAAAAAUAGAAUACAGGAUAAAACAAUAUACAUUUCAACUGUAAUGUUUUACUUCAUAACGUGUUGUACCGACCUUGAUGAAGUCUGCGUUACAGUCUCUCUUUUGGGUCCACUUGAUAUCUUCACUUAAACUCCAUACACAGAGGAUGAUUGGAGGCAUGCGGCAUUCAGAGAUUCAUAGCUCUUCCCUCCUGACUGGCAAAUGUGAAAUUCUUAAUGUUCCCAUUGCAAUGUUGGAAAUAACUUCUUGUAGUUAAGUGCCUCCUUAUUUGGUUGCCCGCUUUCUGGGAGUCACUGGGGGCUGCACAAACACCUGCUAAUGGCUAACAGCAAGCUAAUUGCAGUUCCCAUAAGUGGACCAUGUGAUGAUGAGGUCAGAAAAUGCAUCUGAUAGCAUACACAUUUAUCCUGUCUUUAGCCCUUUGGGUCUCAGUUACUUUGAUAUUAAAAUCGUAUUUUAGCUAAUUACAACUUUACCGAAGAAGUUAUUUUCCAGAAGAAUGCUGUUUACCAUUUGUUAGUUGAGAUAAGUAUCUAAAUCUCCCUCAUGGGUGAUUAGCAAGUUCAUCCUUAAAGUGCCAUAAAAGGUCUUGAAGCAUGCUCCUCUGAGCUCUGGGGAAAAAGCAUCACAAGUGUAGUAAUGAUGAGACUGAGACAUCCUCUCAUUCUACACUGAGUGCUGUCGCAGUGCUUCUCCUCUGACGUGUUUGGACUACCAGAGAAAAUGGCCAGCAAGUUAACACAAGAACAGAUCACAGAGUACAAAGGAGUUUUUGAGAUGUUCGAUGAAGAGGGAAAUGGAGAUGUGAAGACACAGGAGCUAGAGAGACUGAUGAGUUUAAUGGGAAUCAACCCUACAAAGAGAGAGCUCUGCCAGAUGGCCAAAGAUGUGGACAAAGAUGGUAAAGGGAUAUUCAACUGUGACAGCUUCCUGGGUCUGAUGGCACUGUACCAUGAAAGAACAAAGAACCAGGAUGCAGAACUCAGAGCUGCUUUUAAAGUAUUUGACAAGGAGGCCAAGGGUUAUAUUGACUGGAACACACUCAAGUAUGUAUUGAUGAAUGCAGGGGAACCACUCAAUGAGCUUGAGGCUGAGCAGAUGAUGAAGGAGGCGGAUAAAGAUGGAGACGGAACCAUUGAUUACGAAGAAUUUGUGGCCAUGAUGACUGGAAACUUGUUCAAAAUGAGCUGAAGACCUUUUGGAUUUUCAAACGUGCAAAAAUUACACUCAAUCAUAUUCAUCUUUUUAGGUUUUCUACAUGUUUCCUGUUCAAAUGAAAAUGCUUGCAAUCAUUUACGUGUGACUUGUAAAACAACCUGCACAAAUCCUUCACAUUAAAGUAUAAAACUCA